AUGGUUCCAUCUAGGCAAUUAUCCUCUUCAACCGGGGAAGAUACUUUGUCCGAAUCAACUUUCCGGCCAGAUGAUAGAGAUAAGCUGAUUUGGGACCUGAAAAGUCUAGUUGCCUCGCAAAACGCUCAGCAGAUUGACUCCAGUCUGCAAGAAGACAGCAUCGGUUCCAACGACUCCUAUGGUACCGCGACUGAAGACUUGUGGUCUCGUAGGCCAAUUAGCCAGAUGGUGCACGAGACGGAUAAGAAUCGUUUAGAUGCGAGCCUCCAACCCAGCCCCCGACCAGCACUCAAUGUCAUCACGCAAAGCCACAUUGCCAAUACUCGCGGCGUUCCCCCGAACUUUCCUCCACCCCCAGACUACAUCCCCCAACUUCAACCACAACCUCGACAAGCACGUCCUCGUACAGGUCUUAAGGGUAACACCUUCGAAGAGUCUACUUGGGCUCGCCGUCCUCCGCCUGAAGACGUUUUCGACCGUCUAGAAGAGUUCUUCCCUGAACAUGACCUUGACAAACCGGUCAUUGAUGCGAACUCGGGCGGAACGUCCCCGACUGCCACAGAACACGCAUACGGCAUUCCUCCUGAUGAUAGAGAGAGGUUAACAGGCAUGCGGGGUAAGAAGUCCAUUCGUAUUGUCGCGGAAGAACACAAGAGGCGCAUCGAUCGCACAUCGAGGGUGGAAUCUACUUACAGUAGUAACAUGAUCCGCAAGAGAAGCACCAAGCUCUGGGGAGGUCGUCUUGAAGAAGUGACAACCUCACAGAAAAAGCCGACAUACGCUAAGUCAUUACCCGAAAGUCCAUCUGGUGGUCCAAGACCAAUCUUCAAAUGGGUGCGCGGAGAACUCAUAGGGAAGGGAACCUAUGGCCGUGUCUACCUUGCUCUCAAUGCUACCACCGGCGAGAUGAUUGCUGUGAAACAGGUAGAAAUUCCAACCACUGCCAGUGACAAGAACGACAGUCGUCAGGUCAACUUCGUGCAAGCACUGAAGAUGGAAAGUGAGACGCUGAAGGACCUCGAUCAUCCCCAUAUUGUCGCGUACCUUGGAUUCGAGGAGACACCGAACUUCUUGAGCAUAUUCUUGGAGUACGUUCCCGGAGGGUCAGUUGGCAGCUGCUUGCGAGAUCACGGAAAGUUUGACGAAUGCGUUACAAAAUCAUUUACCGCUCAAAUCCUUUCCGGUUUGGCAUAUUUGCAUUCGAAGAAUAUUAUCCACAGGGAUUUGAAAGCAGACAACAUACUGGUCGAAAAGACUGGUAUCUGCAAGAUUUCUGAUUUCGGGAUUUCCAAACGCACCGACGAUGAUCAAGGUGCUUUCACCGCCAUGCAGGGCACCGUUUUUUGGAUGGCCCCGGAAGUAAUUGGUAGCCAGAGGGGGAGAGGGUACAAUUCCAAGGUUGACAUAUGGAGUGUUGGGUGCGUCGUCCUUGAAAUGUGGGCUGGCAGACGACCAUGGCCGGAUGAAGAUUUCUUCACGGUAAUGUACAAGGUUUCGCACAACGGAGAAUCUCCGCCUAUACCGUCGGACGUUAUCCUCUCUGACCUGGCACGAGAUUUCAAAGACAGGUGUUUCGCAGUGGACCCCGAGCUGCGUGCAAACGCCGCUGAAUUAAUUAAACAUCCAUACCUGAUCCUCCCGGAGGGCUGGACAUUCAACGACUUCAAGUGA